AUGGUUUUGAAAUCAAAAAUAACCUUUAAUUAAAUUUUUUAUCUAUUGAGCAAGUCUUUUAUAAAAACUUUAGAUCAAAUACUUUGUUAACAAAAAAGGAUUUUGUUGGUGAUUUUUAAUAUUUCUGGUUAGAAAUUCUUUAAAACUUAUAUUAACAACCAACUUUUUUUAUUAUAAAUUUUCUUCAAAUUUAUUGGUUAGCCACAAAGCAUAUCUAAUUAAGAAAUAAAGAAAAAUAGAUACCAAUAUAAUUUGAAUUAAAUAGUGAUUCACUAAAUAAGUAGAAAAAAAGAUAUUAACUAAAAUCAAUUUAUGCCUUCUUUAAAAAUGAUGACCUCAUUAAAGAAAGCUUUACUGUUUUUAAUGUUUACCCUUCAGUGUUUAGUAAAGGCAUAAACUGAAAUGGUUCAAGUUGCAUUUGAAUUACAGGGAAAUGUUUAAAUGAGUGAUCUUGUAAAUUGGACUUGCUUGUAGAAAAAUGUUAUUGUUGUGUCUGGUGGUAUUUAAAAUUGGGCUUUAACUUCUUUAGGUCCUUUAGGUUAAAAUGUACCAGCAAGUAGAACAAUAUCUGGACUUACUCCUCACAAUUAAUUAAUUUUUACUAUUGAUGUUUUCUAUUAAUAUAUUGCUACUCCUUUUACUGGUACUGAUAAUAUCUAAGUUAUUCUUGAUGGUACUUAAGCUAGCUAUUUGACAUUUACUCCUUAUGAUGGGUUUACUUUUGCAAAUUUAAUAACAUGUACAGGAAACCUUACUCAUACUGUGAAUACUCUUUCUUUAAAUGUUAUAAGUAACUAUGUGCGUCCCCUUUCAGAUCAAAGCUAUUAUAUAAGAAACUUUUAGGCUUGGGUUAAACCUUGUCACUUUAGUUGCACAUAGUGUUCAGCAUCAAAUUCAUAGAUAUGUACUAGUUGCCCAGCCUAUGCAACAUUAAAUGGUAACUUAUGUACUUGUGACAAUUCCCAUUUUAUGUUGAGUAAUAAUUGUGUAUCUAGUUGUCCUUCUGGAUACACUCCUGAUACAGUUAAUAGAAUAUGCUUGCUUAAUGUUUUAAACUGUGCCACUCCAAAAAAUAUUACUGCAUGCUCUGCAUGUAAUGCUGGUUACUUCUUGAAUGCUUAGGAUUUGACUUGCUACUCUUCAUGUCCAAUGGGAUUAGAGACUGUUGGCAAUAACUGUUAACCGUAUGAGUAUAAGUUAAGUCCCUAAACAGGAUUGUUGCUGUUUAGUCUUUUUGAUAGACCUUGGGCUACGAACAAAGAAUUCAGUGUAAAAGGUACAUCAUUUAGCAUAUGUGGUGGAUGUAACGGUUAAUAUUCAAUUAGAAUCAGCGGAUGGUGUGGAAAUGAUAAAAUUUUUGGAGGUUAUGGAUCUCAAACUUCUAUGUCUUGGAGUAAAUAAAUUACUGCUCCCCCUCAUUAUAGAUAUAGAUUAUAUGUCAAACUCUAUUUGAUAGAUAAUUGGACUGGAGGAGGUUCUGUUACAAUCACUGUAGACUCUAACACCUAUACUUACACUACUGCUAAUUGCCCUUGGUAUCAGCAGCUAUGUGGAAGCUUGGCCUAUAAUGAUUGUAUUAUAAUAGUUGAUUAAAUAGUGCCCCAUACUACUACUCCAAUUAAUAUUUCAAUGUCUUCUUCGGUUGGAUAGGGGAGUACACAAUAAACUUUUGGAUUUAAUAAUUUCUAUUUUGCAGUUGAUCAAUGUACUCCUAAUUGCAUAGCUUGUACUUUUACUACAAUAAAUGCUUGUACUCAAUGUGCACCUGGAUAUUAUCUAAAUACCCUUGACUCUUUGUGCUAUAAUCCUUGUCCUAAUGGGUAAUAUGGCUCAAAUGGUGUAUGUUAUCCUUGUGCAGUUCAAUGUGCUACUUGUAUUACUUCAGCAGCAAAUUGCCUGACUUGUGCAGCAAAUCGUAUAGGACCCCCUACCUGUAAUUGUGCAGAUGGUUCUUUCAGUUUAAAUGGUACAGCAGCUAAUUGUACACCUUGUAAUUUUAGAUGUGCUACAUGCUCAAAUACUGCAACUAACUGUACUUAAUGUGCAGCGAAUAGAGACCCCUUAACAAUACCAGCAUGUAAUUGUCUCGUUAAUAAUUAUGAAAUAGCUGGUACCCCUGCUUGUUAACCUUGUUUUAACGUAUGCUCUUAAUGUACUGGUCCCAACUAACCUCAAUGCACUGCAUGUAAGUCUCCCACAAGAGAUCCUAAUCAAGCAUGUGCUUGUGCAGCUCAUUAUUUUGGAGAUUUUAAUAAUUUAGCUUGCAACACUUGUGAUCCAACAUGUUGGAAUUGCUCUAACACAAGCACAAACUGUACUAGUUGCCCAGCAGGAUCUGCACCAGCAAAUACUCUACCAAGAAAUCUUAAUGUUAAUUAAUGUAUUUGUCCUUAAGGUUCCUAUGACACUUUAUAACCUUAUUGCCCAACAUGUAAUUAUAGAUGUGCAAUAUGUACAGGACCUACCAGCACUCCAGCUGAUUGCUAAUAAUGCCAACCAGGAAGAUAACUAGCCAACAACUGUGCUUGCAUAUCUGGAUUUGAUAUUGUUGGUCAAGCAACAUGCUCUGCUUGCCCAGUAUAAUGCUAAACUUGCGAUGGAUUAGGUAAUUGCUUAGUAUGUGCAGGAACUACGAGAUAAGCUAUUCCAUAAUGUCUUUGCAAACCUGGCUACUAUGAAAACAACACUCCUGAAUGUGCAUAAUGCAUGAGCAAAUGCGGAACUUGUGUAAAUGGAACUGCUUGUACUUCUUGUGCAGCUGGACGUGACCCACCUAACUGCGAUUGCUAAUACGGUAAAUAUAGUGACGCUAAUGGAGUUUGUUAACCUUGCCAUCCAAAUUGUUUAUCAUGUUCUGGCCCUGGAUCUAAUUAAUGCAUUUAAUGUUCUCCAAAUCGUGUCUCACCUCCAUAUUGUAAUUGUCCCAUAGGAACUUUCUCAAUUACAAAUUAAGUAACAUGUCCUAGAUGCGAUCCUACCUGUUUGACUUGUAAUGGACCAAAUCCUAACAACUGUACUAGCUGUGAUACUUCAAAUAGAAUUUUAUCUGGAAAUUAAUGUGUAUGCUAAGAUGGGUAUUUCAGUAAUAUUUAUGGAUAAUGCUAAUAAUGUAGUAGUUUUUGUGCAAAAUGCUCUGAUUUGUAGACAUGCACCUAGUGUAAUGGUAAUAGAUACGGAAAUAACUGCUCUUGUCCCUCAGGAUUUUUAGACACAUAAGUUGCUGUUUGUCCAGCUUGCGAUCCAAGAUGUGCUGAAUGUUCAGUAACUUCUAAUAAUUGUACAGUUUGUGCAGCAAAUAGAAUUACAUAACCUUAAUGCCCUUGUAGUCCAGGAUUUUACGAAAUUGCAAACACAAAAUAGUGUGAUGUUUGCUAAUGGUAAUGUGCUACUUGCUAAACAACCUCUGAUACAUGCUUGAGUUGCAGAGGAAAUAGAAUUUAUAUUUAGACUUAAAAUGAUUGCAUCUGCCCUGAUUACACCUACGAAGACUACGUAUCUUAGCAAUGUCCAAGUUGUCAUCGUUCUUGCAAAAAAUGCUCAGGUGGAUUAGCUUCAAACUGUGUUAUUUGUAGAGAUAGUUAUGUUAGAGAUUCAUUAAAUAAUUGUAUUUGUCCAUCAAAUACUUAUGAAGAUAAAAUUAAUUUUGUAUGUAAGUAGUGUGAUGUUAGUUGCUUAACAUGUGCUGGAUCUUCCAACUCUUAAUGCACUUAAUGUGCUUCAGGAUAUUUAAAUUAGUAAGGAAUUUGUGUAAAAUAAUCAGGUCAAGCUGGAACAUGCUCCCCACUUUGCACAUCUUGCGAUUCUAAUUUUAAUUGUAUUGGAUGCAAAGACACUUUAAGAUAAGUAUUGAAUGGUAAGUGCGUUUGUUUAGGAGGAACUUAUGAUGCAGUAACAUCUUGUUAAAAUUGUAACUCCACUUGUCUUUAAUGCAGUGGUGCUAGCCCUAGUUCAUGUACUCAAUGUAGAGAAGGAUUUGUAUUAACAAGCGAAGGUUAUUGUAAAAUUGAUGUCACUGAUUAAAAUUCUAAAGGUCUAAUGAUAGGAUUAGUUGUUGGGUUUAGUGUUUUUGUUGGUUUGAUUUUAAUUUAUGUAAUUUAUAGGAUUGUUAAAAAUUAACUCGCCAAAUAAGCUGCUGCAGAAAAUUAUGUUUAUUAAGAUUCUAGACACCUUGAUGAGUAAUCAUAAAUCGACAUGAAUAGAUCAUAAGGAAUUAAUUCACCUUAAAAUCAUAUCUAACAUCAAAAUACAUAACACUUUUAAAAUUAAUAUAUGAGAGCUUCAUUUUAUUGA